AUGAAUAAUCAAGCAGAAACUUUAGUAAAUAGCAAUCAUCAUGAUGAUGAAAAGAAUGAAGAAACAACAUCAACAACAAAUGUAAUUGAAGGAGAUACUUAUCCGAUCUCAGAUAAUGAAUCAACAAUAGAUUCAACAUCUUUAAUCAAUAUCAAUAUUAUGAAAAAUGAAGAUCAAAGUAACAUGAGUGCUAAUGUUGAAACAUUACAUUUUGAAAGUGGUUGUCUUAAAGAAUCAAAUCUUAUACAAUUAAAUCUUCGUUGUUCACUUUAUGAACAUAUUAAAAUUAUACGUGUUAUAUAUGGUUAUUCAAAACAACGAACAAUGCAUCAAUGUCAAUUUAGUAUCUAUGAUUGCAUACAAGAAGGUGCAAGUCGUAAUAUACUAUCAUGUCAUGGUAAACAAACAUGUAUUAUAAAUUUAACUAAAAAUGAAAUUAUUACAACAACAGUUACAACAAAAGGUGUACCAAGUUGUUCAGAUUUUAAUUAUGUACAAGUUAAUUUCGGUUGUAUACCGGAUGCAAAUGAUAUUUGUGAUAGUUGGAAAGAUACAGGAGCUAUUAUACAUUUAACUCAUACACGUUCAAGAGAUAAACAAUAUGAUGAAUGUCAAUGUAGAGUACGUUCAUCAUUAUCAAAUGGACAAGUUUUAUUACAAGCAAAAGAAAUCAAUAGACAAUUUGAAGAUAAACAUGAAAUAAAAAAUUCGAAUACUGAUUGUAAAAAAACGACGUAUCUUGAAAUUGCUACGGAUAGAUCGGAACGUAAAUGUAUGGAUAAUUUACCAUCAAAUGGUAAUGCAUUAUUUGGUUCGGGUUCUCAUAAUUUUACAUUAACUUAUAUACGAAAUGAUCCAUUUUCGGAAUUAUUUUUUUAUUUCGAAUUAAAAGCAAGUCCAAUAAAAAAAGAUCAUCAUGUACAAAUUGUUUGCAAUUGGGCAAGACGUACCACAACAACAACAACAAUACGUACAACAUUACCAAUGACAUAUAAACGAAAAUUAACAACACUUAGUUUAUUACGUGGAGGACGAUUAAGUCGUAUUGAUUUGAUUCGACAUCCAUUAAUAUCAGGAGAUGAAGAUAUUAAUGAUCCAUUGAUUGAUACGGAUGACAUAUCUAUUGUUAAAGAUAUGGAUGACGACGAUAAUACAAUUCCAUCAUCGAAAUCAAAAAAAGACAAAAGAAAAAAAACUAUAACAACAGACUCAAUAGAAUCCAUACCAACAACAACAAUAGAUACGAGUUUAUCUGAAGAUACUUUUGAAUGGUCUUCUAUUACAUCAAUGGAUAAUAUUGAAUCUUUAUCAUCAUCCGAACAGAUAUUUUCUUCAAAUAAUCAAUUUAUUUUAAGUUCUAUUCAACCUUUAAUUGAAUCUUCAAAAGAUAAAUCACGACAUAAAAUGUCAACAACAACAAAGAAACUUCUUAUUAUGCUUUUUAUUAUUAUUUUUAUAAUAAUUUUUCUUCUAAGUCUUUAUUGUCUUAAAGUAAAACAAUGCGGUUUUAUUCAACACUUAAAAAUGAAUCUCAAUGUUGCUUUCUUAUUUUGUUGUGAAGCUAGCAAACUCUUAUUUUCUGCAUCAAAUAGUUCACAUUCAAUGUCAUCUACACCAUCAGAUAGAAUAACACAUCAUCAAUCGUUACCACCAUUACCAAUUGCAGAAUAUCAAUCAAGUGUGUACUAUAUGAAUGAUACAAGAAAUAAUUGUCAUACAACACAAAGUAUUUAUGAAUAUGACGGUCAUGAUGGUGAAAAAUCAAUUUAUAGUGUCUAUAGUGAUGAUAAUUUACCAGAAGGUUCUGACUAUACGACUAAAUAUGAUCAAUAUCAUGAAGGCGAUACUUGUUAA